AAUCUUGUAGGAAGUAAGGGAGGGUGGAUGACUUUCCCUUUGGUUUUUCCCCUGGAGUCACGUGCUCAGAGCCGAGUGAACUUUUAGUCAUUUUAAGGUGAAAGCCAGAGCAGACGUCACGUGACCCCGGGGAGCCAAUGGCCAGCAGAGUUUCCGGUAUCUCCAGGUGCAGUUGAUGAACCAGAAGGCUGAUGUCUGCGUAGUCGCGUCACGGCUCCGGAUAAUGUAACCAAACUGUAAUAAACUAACAGGUUAUCUUACAGGAAGUGAUGUAGGUAAACAAAAAACAAACAGCAGUAGUAGAAAACAGUCUUCACACGAUUUAUUUGUCACCUGAGGAAGAGGAGGAAGACGAAGACUGCGGCUCAUGGCUCUGAUUCUGGUCGCUAUCAUACUGGUGUUCAGCGGGAAAUGGGACAGGACUUUCCUGGCAGACGCUCAGACUUGUGUGGAUGGGAGCGAGUUAAAGGAGCAGGUGCUCUAUGUGAAGCAGCUUCCAUAUCGUCUGAACUGCCCUCUGGAGCUCCAGAGCUCCCCUCAGCCCAAACUGACCUGGCAGAGAAACUGCCAGCAGCUGCCCACCCAGGAAAACAAGACCUACCUGGAGUUUAGCAGCCUCAGCUUGGAGGACCAAGGGAAUUACACCUGCACGCAGCAGGGCAACAGCACAGCCUCGUUCACUGUGCGUCUCGUAGUUAAAGAGUCCCUGUGCUCCGGAGCCCCUGAAUUUAAACAUGAUGGGCACCAUGAUGGAGUCUACGGGAUUAUGGGAUCCACUGUGACACUGAACUGCACUGUUGUCCUCCCCUGGGACCCAACAGACGAGCACUGUGACACCACGCUGCAGUGGAGUAAAGAUGGCCAACCUCUCACUAAUCAAUCAUAUGGCGUGCAGAACACCUCCUCAUGGUCUCCUGCUGCUGGUCAGCUGAUGGUAAACAGUCUGCUGGUGAUCAACCUCACAGACCUAACACAUUUUGGGCCCUACAGCUGCACAGUGAGGAACAUUUCAUCUGAUUUCAUCGUGAUACAUUCAGAAAUAAUUGGGUGCCCCCGUGACCUCCCUCGCCCCCCCAACCACACAGCUGCUGUUAUCGCAGCCAUCGUCCUCCUCCUCCUCCUGGCUGUGGCUGCUGUUGUGUACUCCAGGUGUCACCUCAACAUCAAACUCUGGUACAAGAACUCGUACGGAGACUACGAACUCAAUGAUGGCAAAUUAUACGAUGCCUACAUCUCGUAUGUCAACAACGAUCAUGACAGGAAGUUUGUCAACUUUAUUCUCAAACCUCACCUGGAGAGUAAAAAUGCAUACAAGGUGCACCUCAAUGAAAACGACAUCCUACCAGGCUCAGAACCUUCUGCAGAGCUUCUGAUGAACAUGAGUCGCUCUCGGCGUCUGAUCAUGUUGCUCUCUUAUGCUUACCUUGAGCAGGACUGGUGCUGCAAUAACUUCAGACAGGGCCUUCUGCACUUGUUGGAGUUGAAUCAGCAGCCCAUCCUCAUCAUGUUGGAGGGUCAGUCCAAACGCAUGAGACCUGAGAUCAAGCAGGUGCUCAGUGAGAACCAGCACUGCCUCACCGUGCUCACCUGGAGGCACAACUCUGUGACUCCGUCCUCAGUCUUCUGGAAGGAGCUGGCCUUAGUGAUGCCUCGCAAAGUCGUCUUCCGCAGCGAGUCUGCAGGCGACCCUCAGACUGUCCUACAAGAUGACAAGGACCCCAUGCUGACCCUUGAGUCUGACUACCUGGACUGCCGCUCGGACACCGAUCCUGCCGGAGAUCUGGGGCUUCGCCUCCCUGUGUACAAGGCUCUGGCCUGUAAAGCUCCAGUCCUCCCUCCUGCUCCCAUCACCACAGCCGAGCCCAAGCCCUCCGACAUCGACGUGUCCGACCUGGGAUCACGCAACUACGGAGCUCGCUCAGACUUCUAUUGCCUGGUCACAGAGGAGGACAUGUGAUCCACACUCCCCUCACUUACAGUUAACACUAAGGAUAUCCUCAUAAAUAUCGCUUCACAGUUAUCUGUCUCAAUAAUAUGUUUUUUAUAGUGUGUUGUUAAAAUCAAAUUGUUAUCUGUUUCCUCUUACCAAAGACUUGUUUUUAAUGUUUUUGUAUUUUUUACUGUGGUGUAAAAUAUUUUAUGAGAGAAAUUAUUUGAAAUUUUUAUGUCAAUCGGAAAAACAGGGACAUUUUAUUGUCAUUUCACAGCCAAGAUCAGGGUUCCCACGUGUUUUCAUGGAAAAAAAAAUUAAAACUUUUCCAUGACUUUUCAAGGACAUAUUAAUUUUCUAUUCUUGCACUACUUGCCUGGAGUUUUUCAAACAGAUUCAAACUCUUUUCAUACAUGACUUCAGCUAGCGGUCAUACAAGAAGGGAGAGACAGAACGUGGGGAGAAAAAUGAUGAACGUAUUUGACUGUAAACAAAAAGUGGUCACAUAUUGGAGCAUGUUAGAGAUACAUAACAUCGUCAGCUCCAGAAAAUAAAUUUGCUGCUAUGUUACAUUACAUGGACGGUUACUGUAACAGUUUAAUCUAAAACGACAUGACUUUUCCAGGCCUGGAAUAUUUGAUUGUGAAUUCCAUGACUUGACCAUGGGAACCCUGUAACAUCUCUCAUGAAGUCCCCAGCAGAGGGCAGAGUGAUGUCAGAUAAUAAGCAGAAGGAAUUAAAACAUUUGUCACAAGACAGCUGACAGUAUGCAGAGGUUUGGGACAGUUGGAGCAAAGACAGCGUCUUAAAGUCAGAUUUAAACCCAGAACACUCGUAUCUGUUUGCAGAGCAGUCAACUGAAGCAUGACAACACUCAUGACCGAAGGACUCACAGUUCUUGACAUUUCUGUACAGGGGAGGGUUUUGUGUGUGAUGUACACACACUCUCAUAACAACUCAGCAAUCACACUAAUAAAGCAGUUUUAACUAAA